GAGAGAUAGAGAUAGAGAGACAGAGAGAGAGAGAGAGGGGGGAGACGAAUAACGGUACAUUGAAAUAUUCAUGGAUCCCAGCGUUUAACCGCACCGCAUCUGCGUCGGCUGGCGUGAUGCGUACGUGAAUAAAUGUCCUGGAAAACGGUGAACGGCGUUUCGGUGCUGACGAAAACAAGCGCUCCACCAUUGUCUGCGUAGAAAUAAGAAUGGCCUGGAUGUGGAAGAGGAAGUCUCUGAUCGCCACCAGUCUGAUCGUGGUGGUGUCGCUCUUCGUGGUGGUGGUGAACUACUCGGAGAAGCCGUAUUUCCUCCUGCAGCCCGUGUUCGGUCAGACGUUCAGCAGCCACUGGAUGUUCUCCAAGCAGCCGUACAAAGCCUUCAAGCCUCACCUGGGCUAUGUCAGCAUCCCCAAACAGGAGCCCCUUAAGCUGCACUGUGAGCUCUGCAGCAUCGUGUCCAGCUCCGGCCAGAUGUUGGGCCAGGCUGCCGGCCCGCAGAUCGACCGCUCUCCCUGCAUCUGGCGAAUGAACAACGCGCCGACACGGGGCUUUGAGCGCGACGUGGGCCAACGAACCACCCUGAGGGUCGUCUCGCACACCAGCGUCCCCCUGCUGCUUCAGAAGCCCCAGUACUUCUUCGGCCAGGGCAACGACACCGUCUACGUCGUUUGGGGGCCGCUACGAAACAUGAGGAAGGACGGCAAGGGCAUUGUGUAUAAUAUGCUGCGACAGGCGGCGGAGAACUACCCUCACGCACGCAUCUAUGUCACCACAGAGGACAGGAUGAACUACUGCGACAUGGUCUUCAAGAAGGAGACGGGAAAAGACAGGAUUCAGUCCGGCUCUUACCUCAGCACUGGCUGGUUCACGCUCAUCCUCGCAAUGGACAUGUGCAAAGAGAUCCAUAUCUACGGCAUGAUAAAUGACACCUACUGCAAGUCUGAAGGUUACAGAAAAGUUCCCUACCACUACUACGAGGCCGGCAGCCGGGACGAGUGUGCAGAGUAUCUCCUUCACGAGAGCGCCCCUUACGGAGGGCACCGCUUCAUCACAGAGAAGUCUGUGUUCGCCAAGUGGGCCAAAACUCACGCCAUCAAGUUCUUCAACCCACCGUGGCAACUAUCGUGACCCUGGCUGAACCGACGUGGGAAUACAACAUCAUUUUCAUCAUCAUCAACAUCUUCAGGGAACAUGCUGAGUCUCUACGCUGACAGAAACGGUGUUCCCUAAUGUGCACAGAUAUUCUUUUUGGCACAAAUUCAAAUAUCAAUAUAUCCAUCAAUGACAGUUGUUUGUCCAGUCCUGGUUGGUUCAUAUCCAGGAGGUGCUUAGAGGUGGAGCCUCUAUAAUCCAGGCUCCUGUUUAUUUGACAAUGGUCCCUCAAGCAGACAGAUAUCCAUUAUGGAUGACCAACCAGGACAGCACUGACAUAUCUCAUGUUCUUGAAUAUUUACUGUUUUUCUCCUUAACUUGAAAGCUGAAGAAAAUGCACAGCACACUGCGCUGCACUGACUAAUCGAUCCGUUCGCUGCUCUUUGAGUCUGGCAAAGGAUGCCUCGAAGACUUGACUGAACAAAAAUAAAAAAAAGAAGGAGAAAACAACAUGAAGAAGAAACAACUGUCCGUCAACUCGCAGUGACCACAGCAGCUCAGAUGUCCGCAGGCGUUUGCACAUUGCAAAGGCUGAAUUUAAAUGUUCCAGACUGUAGUUGGAGAAGAGCUCAGCCACUGCAGAGACAAGUCACGUUGCUGUGAACUUCUGACGAGCUUGGCUGCUCUGUUUCCUCUGCGUGUCUGUCUUCUGUCAGGCUCUAAUUAAUCUAUAGCGAGUAUCAUUCAGGCCUUCAUCUCCAACUGAGGGAGUAUUGAAGGCAGAUGCUUUGUCAGUUUCAAUUUACUGUGCUCCGUCUAAAGAAGCUUCAACAAACAAGGUCAUUUGAAAAAGAAAACGCAAGCGAGCAAAAUUCAUGUUUAUGCCGGAUUUAGAAGUCGAAGGUAAAUCAGAAGUGUAGAUGUAAAUCUGCUUUUUUAUCGUUAUUCUUCUUUGUUAAGUUGUGUGUAACCUCACACAAUUUGAAGAUGUCAGCUUUUUUUUUUCUUUUAUAAUGCUGUGAAACGGAGUUGUAAAAGACACGUUGUGGCGUUUGGCUUGAUGUACGGAUGGAUGAGUCGCUAAUUUAUUCUGCAGAGAUAAGUUCCUAACGCUUUUUAACAGUGUGCCAUUGACAAUGUGAGCCUCACAGCACAUAGAGCAAUGUGCAAUUAGAAACUCCAUCCUUACAGAAGGAGUUAAGUCAUUUGUGACCCCACAGAGGGAGAGAUUUAUGUGUGCAGUGAAACCGUUUGAAGUUAAUUGUAUUCUAUUAUCAUUUUGUGCCUGCAAUACACUCUGCAGUUCAUUGUACAGUAUAGAGACAGAGGAGGAUGCACUGGCGCUCGCUCUCUCUGUCGCUCAUAUUCUUAUCCAGCUUUGUGCCUCUUUGUGUACAGUAUCACUGUGUGAACAUGUCUAUCCAUUUGUCUUUGGACACAGCUUGCAUGUCUCCUGGUUUGGGCCGUUACAUUUUGAAUGCAUCUGUUCUGGGACAGUGAAGAAUAAUCAGUGAACUGCUGAGGUGUGUUGGUUGGAUGGUAGCUGCGGAGGGCUCAGACAGUCUGGCUGUGACUGUGACCCCCCCCCCCCACUCCCCCCCCGAGGCUGUGAUUAGUGUCCCGGUCAGAGCCGCGGCCCAGGGGGGAGGACUGGAAGGAUUCAAAGACUUCUAAUUUAGGAGACUUGAUGCACAGGGUUGCUGAUGACUGUAAUAUACUGCAGCUGAGUUUCACAAUGUCACUCCUUACUGCCACAGUGUGCUGUUUACACACAUACUUUCUCUAUUUUAGGCUAUUUUCUUGUUAGCAUUGAUUGCUGAUUGGCUGGUCAGUGUUCUAGGUUUAAAUUACUAGCUUUUUCCAGAGCUUUCAACUAAAAAAGACUUACUAUAAAAAACAACUGGGAGAGUUUUUACAUUUUAACAUUGUUUCUGCAACACAUCACUAACUAUAAUUCAGAGAGAAGCAGGUCCUAACUAUACAUCUAAGUAUGUUCUUUGAAACAAUAGCCAUAUAUAACCUUGGCAUCUGAAAAACUAGGCUUUUUUUAACUAGCUUAGUUCUAGUGGCACUGUAAGAACUCUCUGGGUAUCAAUUGUAAAAAUAUUAGAACCAAAAAUUGUGAUUUCUUGGAAUUUUUAUUGAUUUUACAAAAUGUGUAGUUGACUUCCUGACUAUUCUAAAAACAAGCGAGAAAAAGAGGUUUGUGGUCGCACACUAAAGCAGAAAUAACCACAAAACACAUUCGAACCUCAGUCGCACAUUAGCUGACGCCACGUUUACGUCAUAUUGGAUGGAUGGUAGAGACCUGAAAAAAGAUAAGCGUUCACGUCAUCAGACAAUUCGAGACAGUUGUAUGAUUACAGAGUUGGUUGAGUGAGGGUUGAAAAUACUGUGCAUUGACAACAUAAGUCUAUAUCCGUUAAAUUUGGAUUUGGCGUCCAUAUUUGCUACAUUUUCAAGUACUUCUGUAUUAUGAAGCACCAAUUGGGAACAUUGGCACCUUUAGAGAUGUCAGUUUUCCAGUCUCGGCGUGAACGUUAUUCAUAAAUUGGAAUCUUGUAAUUACAGUAACUCCAAUAUGACGUGAACGCAGCACUAGCACAAAGAACACUGUGUUGUUGCUGCAUUGUACAGAUACUUUGUCUACAAAAUAUGAUUUAUUUUGUUAUUCAGGAUUAAGUUGAUACUAACUGAACAUAAUUUUAGCGGUUCUUCAGAUGCAGUGGAAACAUAAAUAAGAAUGUCCAGUUUCAAUUAGUUCCUGAGCUUAAUUAUUUGGGUUUCUUAGCUCCUAGAACAUUUUUGGCUAAAAAGCAGCCAACUUUAACUUUUUAAAGCAAAUUUGUGCUCAAUAUUUUUUUAUUUUCAACAGUAACAAACUGAUACAAUUAAUUAACAAUUAAGACAAAACAUAUCGAAAACCACAACACAAGAGCAAACACAAAAACAUUUAAAAAAAAACAAACAAAAAAAACCAGUAGUAUUCACAACCCGGUGAAUUUAGAUAAAGUGGUUUUUCGUACUUAUACUGUUAUAUUUUUUACCCUCAUACUUACAUAUCACUCUUGAACAUUCCUCUUUCAGGUAUAUUGCUAAGUAAAUUUUAAGCAAAUUUAGUUGUUUUGUUUAACUACUAUGAUCUUGACUAAGGUCGGGGAUGAACUUUAAUGCACACAGUGUACAUCUAAAAUCAUAGCUACUGAGCUGACAUGCUAACAGAAACCCCAUCCCCUGAUGAAGACCAUGUGAUACAGCUCCGGAAAACACUAGUAAGUGGACCUUAAGUUGGAAUUAUUCUGUCAAAUUAAGUCAAGUAUUAACCCAGACGUCGAGACAUAUUUUAACCCGCAGAUUAUCAGAAUCAUGCUUACUGAGUCGUUGUGUGUCAGCAGCACGUUUGGAAACAGGUUUGGCUGCUUUUGCAUCAGGAACAGAAAAAUCAGAUCCUUCUUUGUUUUCCAGACGAAACACGGUGGAAGCAAGGUACCCCUGCGCUUACAGAGACUGUCCUACAACUCAAAACUCAAUAGUUGUCCGUCCUCUUGUCACCUUGUCAAGCAGAAUGACAAGAGCAUCAGCAAAAUGUAAAAACCCUCCUAUUUUAAAUUCCUCCCGGUGUCUCUCAGCGGAUAGAAGACGACCGUAACACAGGCAGGGUCACGGGUCCGAUUUCCUCUGGGACGACACGUGCUCGAGAGGUGUUCAGUCCUGUCACUGUGAGCAGCUGCGAAUCAAAGUAUCCACCACACAAUAUAUGUAAAGUAGAAAUGUCUUACAGUAUUAUUUUUCCUGUUCAGAGAGCCUGAUGAUAAGAUCCGGGCCUCGACAAGAGUUAUAAAUUGUACUUCUUUCUGUUCCUGUGGGAAAACAGCCACAGAUACCGAAGCGUGAAUUCAUGCAGUAUGCCAUGCAUGUUACAUGAUUAAACGUACAUCUUUUAUACGUUUCCACUCAGCCUGUGAUUGUGCAGUCAUCUGGCAGCUCUACCACCAAUCGGCUUUACCUCUACUGUACAGUAUAUCCAACGUUAAUUGUAAAGCACUUCACGCCAAGAUGAGAAAUUAACUAUUCUAGGGAACGUGUUUUGUCCCCAUGAUCAGAUUUUUAGUUGUGUUACAGUGCAUCGUUUGAGGUUUUCUUUUAAAUUGUUUGCUCACAACGGGAAGAAGAGCGCCGUGUUCUUUCUGUUCAUCUUCCACUCUCCUUUUGUUGAGUUUUUUUUUUUUUUUUUAAUAAUGGUGGCUUUUACUUUUUGUUGAUGCAGUGGUUUGUGUGCAGCUUUUUUUAUUUUCUUUUUUUUUUUUUCUGCUGCUGGUUGCAUGUUGCCAACAUUUUCUGCUGCUUCAGGCUGUGCACUCGGUUAUUUUCUGAUCAACAAACACUCCAUUGUUCUCAGCCAGAACACACUGGAAGAAUACCUACGGAUAUAUUAUACAGUAUAUUAUGGGCCUCUUAUAGGCUCUCAUGAAUCAUCUCUGGCUUACAAGAAGGGGACUGUAGUCAUAUUCGCUGUGAAUAAGUAACCCCAUGAAAAAAAAAAAGGCAUAAGCAGAGUGGGAGGCAAGAUAGUACACUUUUUUAAUUUGCAGGGUUCAUUUUAGAUUUCAAGGAGAUUUUAUGAAUUUAAAAGAAUAUUUUUGCCCUAAAUUCUUGCUCAUUUUUUAUUCUGUUUCUCUUUGUCUUCAUUCAAGGCUUUAACAGAUCAUAUAACCGGCCUAAUGUUAUGUUACGAGCAGCCAAGUGUGCUCGGAAAUGGUUUCCUCCGUUCUCAAACCUGAGGCUGUUUUAUCUUUAUACCUCGCUGUAUGUAUGCAAAUAGUAAAACACACAUAAAAAAAAAAAAACACUGCUCUUCCUCUGCUGCCCAGCAACAGAAGUGGAAGAAAAAUGAGCUCCAAUUGUCUGUUGUUGAAUAAUA